AUAUCUAAGAAUAGACUAUAAGUCGAAGUGUUCUUCGCUGUGUUAGACUAGUCUCCAUGGAUCUCAAUGGAACAUUCGAAGUGGAACAACCUAUACCACACAUGUUGAGUAUUGAAACUAUUAAUGAGCAGCAACUUAUAAUACAGAACUUGCAUGAAAUUAUAGCUUCUCUAAAGGCACACAUUCACAAAUUAGAGGGCAAAACGGAUCCCAAGACUACACCAAAGAACAACACCGCAACUAACUCCUCCGUGGAAUUUGUAGUAACACAAAACUUACGUCGAAGAUUGUUUGAAGAGAAUGUCCAGUUGAAGCAGCAGGUAAAAUAUCUCUCAAAAGCAAACACUGAUCUAGCCAGUGAACUGAGUAGCACUUUGGAUGUGUUCAACAACAUGAAAAAUACGUUGUUGCGUGAGCAGGAGGUAGUUCAAAAAUUUCAUGAAAAGGAACGCCAAUGGGCGCAGGAAAGGUCACUGGUCCAGUUUACCGAAGGCUUCCGCGUUGAAGCCGAAAGGAAUACUUCAGCCCUUUGUCGGUCUUUUCAGAAGGCGGCUACAGAAACCAUGGAUUGGCGCUCUCUUUGCUAUGCGAUUACUACUCGUGUAGAGCCGGCAUCAUUGCGGAAGUAUGUAAUCGAUCAGAUCGAAAGUUUAGAUAAGAAAUACACUGACACUGAGGGGACGUUAACUGGCCUCCCUGCGGUUCAGUUUAAUACCACCAAAAAUAAAUUUGGAGGCGCAAAAGGGUGCUCAAAAAAAAAGUCGCGCUUUCUUGUGCCGCUUUAAUUUUUAACAAUCAUUGGGUAGCUAUGUAAAAAUUUUUGCUUGAACAUUAUCUUCUGGAUAUGAUAUCUAUUUCUCUCUAUAUAUUGGGUCUCUGUGUGUGUACGUAUUCGAUUGAUGAGGCUUCCCCUUUUCUAUAUU